AUGCCAACCUUUGAAGAAAAGCACUCAAUAUCGAAUGAAAAAGACCUUAUCACAACAAGACAUAUAAGUAGUAAAUGCCCUAAAAUAGAAGAAUUAGAUAAAAAAUGUGUUGCUCUAACCAAGACUUUUACUAAUGAACAAACCACUGAAUUUCAACAACUCAUUAAUGAAGCCUUUGAAAAUAAUUAUAUUGAUGAUGAACAACUUCCUCAGACUCUAGAAGUAGUACUUGAGAUAUUAGAGGAUUUAAUAGAUAGAGGAAGGCCGAUGAAAACUAGUGAUGAAGAUAUAACCAUUGUAUACUUACCUUCUUACAUUCAAGUAGCUCCAAUUACAAAAAAGAAAAAUUCAUCUCUUGCAUCUUUAGAAGUUUCAAAUCUAGAAGAUCCUUUGCCAUUACCUUAA